UUUAAGCCUAAUAAGGACUACGAUUUUUGCCCACAUUGACAGGCUAUAUUUCUACAGCUAAUUUUUGUCGUCAAUGAUAUUUUGUAAACCAACUGCGUAUGCUUUUGUACUAGUAUUGUAUCGUAAAUGCACACUGUCACUGUUCCUGUGGGUAUUCGGACGCGGUCAGGUUUGCAAAUCGAAAGUAGAAUUGACCUAUAAGAUUAUUGACAUUUUCAAAUAGCAAUAAUAAUGCAUAAAUUCUUAAUCAUAGACUGAAAAAAUUUAAACGAAUGUUUCCAUUGCAAUUUUGUAAAAGUUAGCCUACCUUAACCAAAUCUCAAAGAUAUUGCACCAUUUAUCCAUAUUGCACCCAAUAUUUUUCAUGAAUUAGUUUAUCCUAAUGCUGUCUUAAUCUGGUCUUUCCAUGUAAAAUGGUAGGAUAACCCACCAUAAAUAAAUAUCUCCAAAUAUCUCGACAAUUACACCACAAUAUUUAUAUAUACACCAAGUCUUAAAUCAGUUUUGCACAUUUAUAGUCACUAAAUAAACGGCCAUGUUGUACUUAAUAAGCUAUGACCAUUUAACCAUCCAUAAAUAAUAAACUGAAAGACUGAAAGAUGAUUACGAGUGUCGGCCAUAACAUCUGGGUACUUGUGAGUAAAAAAAUAGGUUACGUGCCCUUGUUUUGAAAUUAGUCUCGCUUAACCAGUCUACCGACCAUUCUACAUCUGAUUGACAGGCCGAGAUAACCAAGACUACUUUUUUACGAAACAUAACAGAGAGCUGGAACAAGAAAUUGAUUUUAGAAACACGCACGUUAGGCAACUCAAUAAUUGUUUUAAGAACCUUGUAAAAGUAAAAUGAAACUACGGCUAGUAUCAUGUUCAGAGAUAUUAUUUGUACUAAACCAAAAGAUGCCGCUCCUAACAGUACAGUUAAUGAUAAAGCAAAUUAAAAAAUAAAACAAACGUAAUUUCUCAAGCUGCUGUAAUAACCAAAAAGUGAAAUGUACUGCUAUUCAGAAUCGUCAACAAUAGAUUUUUUACGGCUGUAGUAGUUAUAGAUGUGUGGAGAAUUGCAUGUGCGAUGGCUAUUUAUAGUCUCAUAGACUCUAGUGCUGAGUAUUAUCAUACUGCGUAGUUAGCGAGAAAUCACUAUGAGACAAGCCACUGAAGCGUGCACAUUCGCCGUGUCGAGUCCAACUUUCUGUAGGGAAAAUUUUCACUGCACGGGUCACCCUAAAAAUGGGCCAAAUUUUCAGAAGUUGUUCGGUGAAUUCCUCAGAGAAUUAUGAAAACAAAUUAAAUGAAAUGGGGUUCAACAUCUUACUAUUCUGCACAGACUGGCGUACGCCAUACAGUGUGCUAUGAGGGAAAUUUUGCCUGGACAGCGGCACUACAGCCUACUCUUAUUUCAAAUUCCAACUUCAAGUGUCAAACCUUCAAGGGUUCUUUUACGUGUUCACCAAUGUGUAUAUAUAUAUAAUAUGUGUUAUAGUAUAGACCUAUGUAAAACGGCAAAGUUAUAUGAUACUAGCAUUAAUAUUGACAGAGAUAUGGCCUUUUGGGGUUACCAUUUCCGAUGUUUCGAAACUACUAGGCCGAUUAUAUGAAUCUAAUUUGGUGUUCUUAUUUUAUUCUUAAAAUUUGGUGGUUUUGAAGAGCUUUUUGUGUAGAUUAAGAAUACAUCAAUCAUCAGAUUUAUCUGAACAAUUCCAACUGUGUAUGGCCUGGAUUAAGUGCCCGAAUAAUAUUUCUCACCAGGAUUAUGAUGAAACCAGACCUUUUAAGAGCAUUUUUGCGUACUUCACUUUUAUCUGUCAAUAAUGGAUCCAAGGAGUAUCAUUAAUUUGUGAUUCACCAUCAAAAGCCAGGAAAAGAUUUCCUUUCAUGUCUGUACAUCCAUGUGAUUUGAAAUCCAUGUGGUGAAGACAAUAUUUAUUAAUAGCUGUAGUACUAAUGGUACAUACAUAACUAUAGUGACAUGUGUCUAUGUUGCCACUCUAUGCCAAGCUAUACAUGGGCAAAUAAAUGUUAUCAACCUCAGAGGAUUAAUUUAGGUUCUUCUAUUAAGGAUUUCAAACUUUUCAGUCAUACUCAUGGUGAGAUAUUGCAUUAGUUUUGUUGUAAGGUGCAGUAAAUCUGUGAUAGUUUGUUGAUUAACACAAGCCAUCAAUUGAUUAAAGAUACAUUAUGGGAGAUUUUUAUAAGGAGUUAGCCAUUCUUGCUAUAACAGUUCAAAAUUAGAUGAUGAAAGAAGAAUAUAUUGAAAAUUUCAGUCAAAUUACUUUAUUCUGAACAUAGUUAUCACCAGUGUAAUUUUUGACUAGCAAUGGGAUUGAAUUCCAUCUUCACAUAUUCUUAGUAUGGGCGAUCGUUUGAUUGACAGGCGUUAACUCCACCUACAUAAUCUCUGCUGUCUUUUGUCUGCUGUCAUCAUAUCUGAAUUUGUGUUUUACCUUUUUGGAUUUUUAUAACAAUUGGACAAAAUGAGUGAGAGGGACAUGAAACAAAUUGUAUAUAAUGAAUUGGUCAAGAUAUAAAUAUAUCUUAAAUGAUAUAACAAGCUUCAGCAAAUUCUUUGUUUCGUGUUCCAAAAAUCAAUUGUUUAAGAAGAAUCUUAUAAAUAUUUUUAAUAAAGCUACUGAAGAUAAGACAUUCUGCACAGUGAAGAAAAAACUAGAUCCACCCUGGAAUGUUUUAUUUUUUGGAACAGAUGAGUUUUCUGUAGAAACACUUAAAUCACUACAUGAAAGCCAGUUGGAAGAUAAAAACAGAUUAGUUAAUAAAUUGGAAGUUGCUUGUAAUCCAGGACAGAGCGCCAUCAGACAAUAUGCUGUACAAUUCCAUCUGAAGAUACAUGACUGGCCAGUUAACAUAGAGAAGGGGAAAUAUGAUGUUGGUGUUUUAGCUUCUUUUGGUCGUCUAAUUCCAGCUUCUGUUAUAAACAAUUUUCCAUAUGGCAUAUUAAACGUACAUCCAAGUUUAUUACCACGGUGGAGAGGUUCAGCUCCUAUUAUUCAUACAGUAUUAAAUGGAGAUAAAGUUACUGGAAUAUCAAUAAUGCAACUUAAACCUAAAAGGUUUGAUAUUGGACCUGUAUUAUUUCAAAAAGAAGUAGCUGUUCCAUACAGAAUUACAGCUGUUGAAUUAUGUAAUCAUUUAGCAGUUUUAGGAGGAGAAAUAUUAGUUAAUUGUCUUUGUGAUCUGCCAAAUCUAAGUAAAGAAGAAAAACAGCAAGAUGCAUCAAAAGCUACAUAUGCACCUAAAAUAACUAAAUGGAUAGGCAAACUAGAUUGGAAAAAUAACACAUGCAUCGAUAUAGACCAACGAUAUAGAGCCAUUUCUUCUCUGAUUCCCGUAUAUACAAUGUGGAGGAACAAAAAAGUCAAAUUACGUGACAUAGUCGAUCCGAAUAAUACAAGAGAUUUGUUACCAGCGAAGUUUAAAAAUUUACCAGUUGGAAGUGUUAGGUUUUAUCAGAAAGAAAACAUUUUAUUGGUAAAGUGCAAGGAUGGUUUGGUUGGUUUUAGAAAGAUAACUUACCAGAAUCCAAUGACAGCUAAAGAUUUCUUUAAUGGUUUUAUAUCAAAGACUGAACAGAAGUGUAUAGUAUUUAAUUGUGACAAUAAUGAAGAAUCAUGUGUUUCCUGAUAGUAGCUUAUUGUAGUUUUGUAAGAUAGCAGAGUACUGCCAAAUUGAUUAAAACCCAGUUUCCAGAAGUGAGCGUUCAAAAAAUGAGUUACCAAGUGCAGAGUGUUAGUGCAGAAUUGUUAUGUUUCUCCCACUUCUAAAGACCGCUACUCGCAAAUAAAAUAUUCAAUAAAAAUUUACAAUAUAUUACUCCCAAAA